AUGUACAAUCAUUCGGGCAAUUCCCGUGCAACUUGGUUGGAAGUUAAAAAUGAUACCGAUCAGCAGAUUCAAAUCAAAAUAUCUGAAGUUGACAAUAGUGACUGGGAUGGAGAUUCUCGGCCAGAUCAUAAUUUUCAGAAUGCCAUAAUUGAAGCACAUCAAUCGAAGAAAGAACGUCAAGAACUCAAUGCACACAAUCAAACUGCAGAGUUUACAAUGACAGUUUCACAAGGUGGUAACGAACAAUUUGCUAUACGAAUUAAUCAGUGGGAUGCACGCAUUGACUCGCUGAGUCCUAUCCAUGAAAAAGAUGCAGACUGUUCAAACAACUUUCACGUACAUAUAAUAGGUGGUUUAGGUGGUGGUGACACUUUGUUUGUUACAAUUACCAAGAAAUGA